CCUUCUCGCGCGGUCGGAGACGCUGGCUGUCGCUAACCGCCCGAGACGUGCGGGGAAACGGCGCUGUAGGAGGCCCUCUCUCGCGCUCGGCCGCCGUGCACGUCGUUUCCCAAGGACCACGUUACGCGACGGCGGAGUGUUGCCGAGAGGAGGGGGGGACUCAUCCUCCGGGAAGGUGGUGUUGCGUCGCCCGGGCGAUGACGGCAGGAGCUGCGUCGCGGCGUCGUCGGUGAUGCGUCGUCGCGGGACGGCGUCGGGUCCCAGAGCGUGUCCGGAGGGGGCCCGGGGCGCUGGACGCCUUCGCCCGGGCGUGGGGUCCCCCCGAGGACGGCGGGGAGGUGCGCGCCCUGGCAUGGUCCCGCGCUGAGUGGAACAUGCGCCGCUUCCGCGGGGCCCUCUGCUUCCUCAGCGGCGCUGUCCUCGUCGGCCUUCUCUGCCCACUCUGCUCAGGCGUGGUGCUCAGCAACCACAUCCGGCACUUCGAGCCGCUCUUCUUCAAUCACCACUCAUUUCGGGAUCAGCACCAUCGAAGCAAAAGGUCACCCAAGCUGGAUAUCCGGUUGGAAUUCGCAGCCCACAACCGGCUGUUCAAACUCCGCAUGAAGAGGGACACCAGCGUGUUCAGCCCCGACGUGGCCUUCGAGUCGUCGAGCAAGGGACCCAUUUCCUACGACAUCUCCAACGUCCUCAAGGGAUACAUUGAAGACGACGAAGAGUCUUCGGUAGAAGGUCUCAUCACGAGUGACGGCCUCUUCGACGGCGUCAUCACUGUCCGCCGCGGUGAAGAGUUCUUCAUCGAGCCGGCCAGUCGCUACUUCGACACUCUACGAGACUUCCACUCCGUCAUGUACAAGUUGUCGGACGUCGAGUUCCCCAAGAACCGGACGUGUCAGUCGCACCGGCCCCUGUGCCAGCGCAAGGACACUCCUGCCGGAAGCGAUUCGGGACGGGAACAUGCGUCGUACCUCCACUGGGCUUCGCCGACGAGCACGGCCCACGGAGAGGCCGUUCGGAGACGCCGCAGUCCAGGAGGCGUCGACGAGGAACCGUUCGAGGCCUCCAUCUGGAGGGAGGGUGACGCGGUGCACUACGGCAGGAAGGAGCCCCUGGAGCCUCAGGCCGAGCAGGACUCUGCGGCGGCGGCGCUGGGCAUCCGGUCGGUGCAGCGGACCCAGUGGGUGGCCGGAGAGCAGCUGUCCAAGAACGUCGUCAUCGACCCCAAGAAGACGACGUGCAUGCUUUACCUUCAGGCAGAUCACCUGUUCUACCAGAAGAUGGGCUCCGAAGAGGCCUGCAUCGAGACCAUGACGAGGCACGUGCAGAAGGUCAACAGCAUCUACAGGACUACGGACUUCGACCAGGAUGGUCGGUCGGACAACAUCUCGUUCCUCAUCAAGCGCAUCAAGGUACACACGAUGGACGCGCUGCGGGAGCAGGAGUACCGCUUCCCGGGCAACUACGGUGUCGAGAAGUUCCUCGAGCUCUUCUCCGAGGAGGACUACGACGCCUUCUGCCUGGCCUACAUGUUCACCUACCGGGACUUCGAGGGCGGCACCCUGGGACUCGCCUGGACCGGGGACCUCAAGAACGCCGGAGGGGUCUGCGAGAAGAACGGGCACUACCGGGGCAGCCUCAAGAGCCUCAACACAGGCAUCGUGACGCUGCUCAACUACGGCAAACACGUGCCCCCGAUUGUGUCCCACGUGACCCUCGCGCACGAAAUAGGACACAACUUCGGCUCACCGCACGACCCCAAGGACGACAGCAUGUGCACCCCUGGGGGAGAAAACGGGAACUACAUCAUGUUCGCGCACGCCACCUCGGGGGACAAGAGGAACAACAAUCGGUUCUCGCCCUGCAGCUUGAAAAGCAUCAAUGCUGUUCUCAACUCCAAAGCGAGGAACACCAAGGGAUGCUUUUCGGAGCCCCAGGACGCUAUCUGCGGAAACGAGGUGGUGGAGGCGGGCGAGGAGUGCGACUGCGGAUGGGAGGACGACUGCAUGGAGCCGUGCUGCUUCCCGAUGCGCUCCAACCCGCCCCGGGACGAGCCCCCGUGCAGGCUCAGACCCAACGUCGUCUGCAGUCCAAGCCAAGGCCCGUGCUGCACACAGGACUGCGUGUUGAAACUUGGCGAGAAGUGCCGCGACGACAACGGCUGCCGAAGCGCCAGCUACUGCGAUGGCGACGGGCCCCAGUGCCCUUCCUCGACGAGCAAACCAAACAAAACCAUCUGCAACGAAGAGUUCGUCUGCUACAUGGGGGAGUGCACGGGCUCAAUCUGCAUCGCCUACGGCCUCCAGUCGUGCCAGUGCAAGCGCAGGCCUCGCGAUCCCGUGACUAAAGCUUGCGAGUUGUGCUGCCGACUCCCUGGGGACGACUCUACCUGCAAGUCAUCAUUCGAGUGGAACCAUCCACCAUAUGACGUUCCGGAUUUGUACGCCAAGCCGGGAACACCGUGCGACAACUACAAUGGAUACUGUGAUGUAUUCCAAAAGUGCCGCGAGGUGGACCCGUACGGGCCUCUCGCCACCCUGCGCAAGCUUCUGCUGUCCACGGAGAGCAUGGUGUCUCUGCGACGCUGGGUCCUCGAUAACUGGUGGGGAGUGCUUUUACUGGGCCUCACCGUGCUUGUCUUUCUGUGCGUGGUGGUGAAGUUCUUCGGCCGGAAGACGGAAACGGCCAAGCUGGUCGCGGGACAGACGCCGUGCGGGCCCGGUCCGGGCAACAGCGUGCCGUACCGCUCGAGCACCAACCAGGCCAUGGCCAAGGCCGUGAUCGCCUCCAACCCGGGCAUCGUGUCCGCCCUGGCGCACGGCACGCAGUCGGGCACCGCGAGCAACUUCGUCAAGACCACCCUGUCCCUGCCCGCCCGGUCCUACCUGAACCACGCCGGCACUGGCUGGGUCUGACCCACGGGCCGCCUCAGCGUCAGGGCCCCUCCCGCCGUCGUGGGGCCGUCGCCGUGCUGCAACGCCUCCUGCUACGCCGUGUACGGCCUGCACGAGGCCACGCUGCAGCGCACCAGGGUUGGAGCGUUCCCGCGUCCGCCGGCAACCGAACAUCCCGCCGAGCAGUUCGUGGGUGCCGAUCCGUACUGGUGAACUGCGUCCUUUUGAGGACCGCGCAGCGGCGCGGCGACUCCGGACGCUGAGGAGCGAAGGACGUCGGUGCAUCCGGCUCGUGAGCCCUGGACCUACUGGAGGGACCGCGAAGGACCUUCUGGCGUUUCUCCGUCGCUGUCCCGGCAUCGGGCUUCAGCUGCCGUCGUGUACCGACGUCCACCGCACCGGAAUGUGGCGCUCUUCUCAGCUGGCAUUUGUGAUACGAUUGCGACGGGAUGCGUCUAGGUUAGGGACAUGCCUUCGUAGUGGCCCCAAGUGUACACAGGACUGCGCAGGUUUUGAAAGGAAACUGCAUACCCCCAAGUGGCUUAUCAGUGAUCCCCCCGCUCUAUGGACGUGCGAUAUUUCUGAAGGCCCUUUGUCUCAGCUUCGUUUUAUAAGAAAGAAAGAUCAACGGGCAUCGGACUUGUAACACGUAUGGAUCCCCGUACCCCAUGAACAAAUAACUGUGCGCGCACCUUUACAGCUAUGCUCCACCUUUCCCGGUUUUUUUUUGGACGACAGAUGCUUGUCAAGGUUUCGAGUGCUCCAGUAAUACUUACAACGCCAUUUUGAGCGAACGUUUUCGAACAAAAACAACACGCCGCGCGCUGGGGAAGCUUGUUUCGCCUCUUGAAAAUGCAGCGAGCUUACGCGCGUUGUCAACUACCCAGCGCUGCGCUGCUCGUGAUUGUGACGUCUGCACGCACAAUACCGUGAUCUCAUGAUAAAGGAGACUGUUGCUUGUUACACCAAGGUCAGCGAUUCUUCCUAGUUGGCCUCGAUACUGCGGUAAACAAUGAUGGUAUCACACGAGACAUAUACAGGGGAAAAUGGCAAGUGUGAAAGUUUCCUAGAACAGGGCUUCUAAUUGGAUUAAUAUUGUGAAAGACAUAAGGGCAUGAUAAAUGAGGAAAGACAUCGAGUACCCAAAUUAAGAUUCUAUGCGACAAAAAAAAAAGAUUAAAAAUAAAAGUGAGAACGAAGGUAUAAAACCAUUGUCGCUCGGAAAUAGGUUAUGCCCAUGAGGAGUAUAAAAUAUUUAAAAA